CACAAGAUGGCGAACAUGCAGACAAGAGAAGAGAGCAAAGAGCCAUCGCUUCUUGUUCUGGCAGACGAACUUAUCGAUAUAAUCCUUUCAUACAGGUUUUUAGAUUACAGAGAUUUGUGUCGUUUUGCUCAAGUUUGCAUUAGAUUUAACCAUCUUGCCUGUUGUUCGGAGAUUUGGAAGAAGAAAGCUUUGACUCGAUGGAAGAGGUGGAGAAGACCAACAGACAGUCACUGGAAAGAAGUCUUCAAAAAGCGUUUCAAAACUGAGACAAAAAUUAAAGAAGUCCUUGAAAAACUAGGCAGGGAAUUUGGACCCAGUUCAGAUGUGUCAGAAAGACAGUACGAAGAGCUGGUCCAUCUGGAAAAUGACRAUAAUUAUGCAGGUUUCCUGGCUUGCUCUCUAGAGGAGUAUGUCUUUGGAGAUCCAAGGUUGACAAAUCUGACGCACAAGCAUUAUGCAGAAAAACUCUACAUCUAUCUCCGGAGGAAUUUCCUGAAGAAAGAAUGGCAGAACCUCAUGAGUAAACCGAUUGAGGAACAGCAUCUAGAAGAUGGUGCAUUGAUAAUAGCAAAAUGGAUGGAGCACAAAAUAGAUGACAGCAUGACUGAUUACAUGAAGUCCAGUUUAGAUGGUUUGGCAGAGAGAGUGAGAAGGAUUGUUGGAGAGGAAGCAGAGCCCUUGGAUUUCAAUCAACAGRAACAUCCUUAUUACAUCACAGACCCUAACAGGUGUUCAGAGAUCAUCAAUGGGAUUAGGAAGAUCAUCUUUGAGGAGGAUAACUUUUGUGGUAAUAUGCAGGACUAUUAUAACGUGAAAAACUCUUUCAUUACUGAGGUUCUGAAAACCAAGCAAGGCAUACCAAUAAGUUUGGCGGUGGUGUUCAUAGCUGUUGCCAGAAGGCUGAGGGUGAAGGUUGAACCAGUCAAUGCACCACGUCAUUUCCUAAUUCGUUGGUGUUCCAACCCUGACUCUAGAACAAACCGCUACACAUACAUUGAUUGUUUCGAUGGAGGGAAAAUCUACAGUGAAGAGCAGGGUAUGCAACAAUUUUUGUCAGGAUUGUUGUACCCGUUUGAGACAUCAGAAGAUGCACUAGCCUUAGCAUCACCAAAAGAUAUAUUUAUCAGAAUGGCUACAAACAUAUUAAACAUAUAUCAAAGUGCAAGCAGAGUAGACAGUGGGUUACAAUAUCUUUGCGACGCCUUGAAAUUACUUAUCCUCAUCAAGCCUGAUGACAGACGGAAUGCUGUCAUGCUGGCACGCAUCCAUUUACACCUGGGAAUCAAUUUAGAUCAGUGCAUUGAAAUCCUUGAAGGACAGAGUUUGCUUGACAGAGCAGCAAUUAGGAGUUUGGAAAGUGCUCGAGAACAAAUAGAACGUCAGGAAAGGCUUCGCAAUCAACCAGUUGUCCCGAAAUUGAGAUCUGAUCCCAAAAAUAAAGAAGUUGCUUUCAAAGUUGGAAUGGUCAUGCGACACAGAAGAAAAUCUAGAGGAAGAGCCCAACCAAGCAUUCAACCCUCAUGGAAAUUUAGGAAGAUACUUUGAGCAUUGGACAGGAACGAAAUAUUUACCAAAUUACUACCUUAGGCAAGAAUAUCCCGAAGAUGUUGACACAGAUGAAUAACUGGUCAACCAGAUACAAGUAACUACAGUUUGUUGUGAACACCAAGUAUAUACAAUCCUUACUAGCUAAGUAUGAGAGUUUAAAAUGUUGUAUAGAUAGAUUCUUAGUGUUUGGAUGGGGUUGUCCCAUUACAGUAAAUUGUUUUUCGUUUUUAUUUAAGGUAAGUUAAUCUAAGURGAACUGGGAUGGGAGGGUACUAUAAAGUCUGAUUUCAAAGAUUAGGAAUGUAAAUAACUUGUUAAGUAACUCUGAAAUCCUUGCAUUUCCUGACUGAGCUAGACUAUCAUAAGCUGUCAGGUUGGUUCUUAAACAAGGAACCAGCAAUCAAGCUUGUUCCACUUUACAGUACUUCUGAACAGCAUGCCAGGAAUCGUUGUCAUGAUGAUAAGUAGGGUUUUUUUGGAUGUGUGCCAUUGAAAACUUUAAUUUGUGUUUUUCGGACAAUACUAUGGAAAAACUUUGCACGAUUGUUUAAAUUUAUGAUGUCCACCAAAACCCUGUUUUGUCAUCAAAAGAGAAGGUUCGUAAGCUCAAGCAAGGAUAUAUUUGUAUUAUUUCUUCAUGUAAAUAGAAUCAAAAUCACCAAAUAAUAACUAACUGCUAACUAAAUGCUAACAUAAUAUAAAUUUAUAAAUACACUACUGACACUUUAAGAAACAUAAAGAUCUGAAAAAUAAAUAACACAUUUGUGACUGGAAAUAAAACAGUCUUUGGUAACAAAUAAAAAUAGACAAUGUGGUUUUAUCCACGAUUCAAGAUCAUUUUCAAAUAAGAAAUUUUCUGUUAAUGU